AUGCUCCUCCCCCAAAAAAUCAACAUCUGCCCUCCAGGAGACAGGCAAGCCCGCGACAGGAAUCCCCCCGGCAGCGCACGGCCGGCAUGCGGGGGCCGAGCAGCCCCAACAGAAACAACACGGAAGGCCGACGAAGGACGAACCGACGGCACCCAACCAAGCCCCCAGGCGGACUCCCCCAACCCAAAAACACAACGAAAACCACCCUCGCCCCCACGACCACAGCAAACACAGCCGCAAAGGCAAAGCCAAAGGACAGAGCAGCCCCACCCGGCGCAGCCAGAGACGCCAGAGCAGCAAAGGCCGGCCCCAGCCGGCCAGAGCCGGACAAAGCAGCAAAAAGAAAGCAGCAGACUGCGACCCCCACCACCCCGCCGCGCCCGGCGCGAAAGCAGCUCGACCCACCCGCUCCGGCCCCGCACCACCCACAGGCCGCCGGAGGAGGAGGACGGCCACGGCCGUAACCCCCCCGCCGCCAAACACCGAGAACCCUCCACUCCCAAGCCGCGCACGAUGCACCGCACCAACGCAUCACCGGCACCCGCCCAACAGAGCGAAGCUCACCACCCGACCCGGGGCACUCCAAAGGGACACCCGACGCCCGCAACCCGCCACAACAGCACACACGAACCCGGCACAGGCGCGACCACCCACGCACCCCGGACGACGCAACCACGGCAAGCACCACGGCCAACACGAAACCUGGAACCGGAAGACGAGGACUGCCCCGACGCCCGCAGAGCAGAAGACCCCUGCCAGCACCACAAAAAGAAACCGAUGCCCGGCGCCCAGCCCACCCAGCAGCAGCACGGCCACAAGGCCAGUAGCCCACGUCCGCCACCAAGGAAACCCCAAGAGCACCGCACGCGGCCGCCGCAGGACCCCCCCGCGGGGCCCCAGACCCCCCCCCGACGGGGGCAACAGUCCCCCGGGCUGACCCGCCAGGCCCCCGCUCCGAGCACCCCCCCGAGCCCCGGACCCAAGGACCCCCGAACUAGCCCCCGCGCCCCACAGACGCACCCCAUAGCCCCCCCUACACUAAGGAUGGAGCCGAUCAAGGGAGCCCAGAGAGAUCGGUACUGA